GAUGACCAGAGACUGCGGACACAGUACAGGGGAUGACCAGAGACUGCGGACAUAGUACAGGAGAUGACCAGAGACUGCAGACAGUACAAGAGAUGACCAGAGACUGCGGACACAGUACAGGAGAUGGACCAGAGACUGCGGACACAGUACAGGAGAUGACCAGAGACUGCGGACACAGUACAGGAGAUGACCAGAGACUGCGGACACAGUACAGGAGAUGGACCAGAGACUGCAGACACAGUACAGGAGAUGACCAGAGACUGCGGACACAGUACAGGAGAUGACCAGAGACUGCGGACACAGUACAGGAGAUGACCAGAGACUGCGACAG